AUGGCCAUUGAAAUUGCCCCCUUGGAUCAAGCCGAUAUUCCCGGCGCCGUAGACUGCAUCCAGAGAGCCUUCGCGGAUGAUCCGGCGUUCAACUGGCUAUUCGACGAUCCUGACAAGUACAAUGCCAAAAGGAACGCUGCCUCCCUCGCGGCAGACCUUUGGUAUGGAUUAAACUGCGGAGCCCCAAUCCACGUCGCGAAGACCACCGCCCCUCCCACUCCAGCAAGCACACGCACCAGUGCCAGUCCCAUCCCCGAUGAAAAGCCCCGGGUCUCACCAAUCGAGCAUACCGACAUGACCGCCCCCCGCGCCAGUCCGGAACGGACCCGGAGCCCCAACCGAAUCGUAGGAGUUGCCGUCUGGCUCCCCCCCAAGCCCGCAGAGGAACCCGAAAGCUGGACCGUCUGGACACAGGAAUGGAUCCUCUCCCUCCGCCAGGUGCUGAAUAACAUCCGGUUCCUGGGCCGCGGGGGCCUGAACCUGCGACGCUACCGGAUCUGGAAGGCCAGCCAGAAGGAGGCCCAUGAGGACAUCCUGUGGGAUCCGCGGGGGUACUAUUUCUGCACGUUCCUUGCUGUCAGCGCCGAGGCGAGGGGCCAGGGUGUUGGCAGGAGGCUGGUGGAUAUGGUCACUAGCGUUGCGGAUUUCGAGGGCGUUCCGUGCUACCUGGAGAGCUCCAAGGCCGUGCCGAAUGUGGCGAUUUACCGGAAGAUGGGGUUUGAGUUUGUUCGGGAGGUGAAGUCUGUUGAUGGGGACGAUGUCUGCACGCUUUAUGCCAUGGUGAGGAGGCCCAGAAGGAAGGCCUGA